AUGUCCAUUCGUCGAUCCGCAACGAGGCGUGGCCCUCCUCCAGUGGCCGCUCCCAAGCCGAGGAAGGGCUAUGAGAAUGUCGAGCAGGGUGUCAAGCAGAUUUACCCUGGCCCCUCAUCUGACAAGAAAACAGAUAUGGACAUUGUCUUUGUCUCGGGGCUAGGAGCUCACCCAGUAACGAGCUUCAGGCACGCUGAUACCGGUUUUAAUUGGGCUGUCUGUAUCGCAGCAGCUCGACCAGAUCUUUUCCCAGGCAUGUUCGAAAACAUAGCUGGCUGCGCAUUCUUCGGAACCCCCUUCGAAGGCGCUGAAGCUGCAUCUUUAGCCUGCAUGAUGUCCCAUGUUGGAGAAUUGCUUUCCCACGUUGGAGAGAAGGGGAGCGCCUCAACGGCUUCCAAACUACUGGAGCUCAUGAGACCUGGUGAUGAGUACUUGAACGAACUGAGGAAAGAGUUCAUCCGGCUUUCAAUCAAAACAGACCCCAAAAUCCAGCUAUAUGGCUUCUACGAACAACAUCCUACAACCAUCAAGGACCUGAGCGGCAUGCCCCAGUUUCUCCAAGCUCUCAAUAUUCCACUUCCCAAAAAGGUUGGUGAGUUUGUCACCAGAGAAUCUGCUGUUCUGGAUGGUGUGAUGGAGUCGAUGGGCCUGUCUGCCAACCACAGGGACCUGGUCAAAUUCAAGAGCUCAAAGGACGAUCAGUACAUGCUGGUCCGAGGUCCUUUGAGACGCUUGAUCAGCGAAUCAGGCAAAUGCGUUAAAGACCGACACAAAGCAAUAAGGCGUGUUGAUCAACUAACCGUCGAUAAGGCAAGAAGAGAACUGGAAGGUGCAUCAGUCAAGACCAAAAGGGAGGCUAUCAAGCGCAACACUACAACGUCACCAUGGUUCUUCAAAGAGCCCGAGUUUAUAGGCUGGUUUGCCAAGCCUCAAGAGGCGGAAGACAUGUCUCUUGUCAAAAAAUGUGACUGUCUAUGGGUUCGUGGUCGUGAUGGUCGUGGUAAGACGAGCGCAGCGUUGUCCGCAAUCGAGAAGAUUGAGGAAUGCGUCAAGGAUGAGGAUGAGGACGAACAAGAGCCCGAGUCUACACAAGUGUCUCAUUGGCAAUCGUCGCAGGUCUACCUCGCUUAUUUCUUCUGCGACAAGGCACCAGAGUACGGUACCGCUGAGGAGUUGUUAAAGUCUCUGAUCUACCAGAUCAUUUCCAAGCAACCGUGGGCUUCGGUGCACACCAAGUUUUUGCUCCAGAAGAAAGGCACAGGUCGUGAGAAAGCAGCUUUGCUCACUAUAGAAAACCUUUGGCAGGUACUUCAGGACAUUCUGUCGGAUGACGGUUUUCUUGGAGCGCGCAUGUACUUUGUCAUCAACAAUUUGGAGACCCUUUCUCCUGACGCUGCGUCCACAGCAACUCUGCUGAGUCUCCUCGGCUCGGAGGCUGAGCAUGAUGGUAGUGGAAGGCGUCCACUCGUGCGAUGGAUGUUCACAAGUGGCCAGUCUUGGGAAAUCGAUCAGGCGUUGCGAAAGCCCUUGGUCCGACUGGUAGAUCUUGAAGACGAGAAGUACGGCGACCAAGUCCAAAUGGAGCUUCGAAAGCACGCACAGAAGAAGGUACAGGAGCUGGUUGAGCACAAGAGGUAUAGCAAGGCUCUUGUGUAUUUUGCCAGCAGUGUCAUCGGACAGCGAGCUCAGAACACGCAAUGGAUAGACAUCACAUGCGAUUCCCUUGAAGAUCUCCCUCAGCACGAGAACGACCUCCAAGUCCGUCGUCUGCUUGAAAGGGUUCCUCAAGAGCUGGAUUCUCUUCUCAAUGCUGCAUGGCAGGAUGUCUUUGAGAAGAAUCGGUCCAAGAUUGGAGAGAUUAAGGAACUGUUGCGCGUGCUGGUUCUCACUUACAGAGACCCAACUGAGGCAGAGCUUGGCCUUCUUGCCGGUCUACAGUCUUCAAACGAACAAGUGUCGGAGCUUCAUGAUCUCAUACUCAAGUGCAGACCACUCAUCGUCCUGAAGACGAAUGAGGGAGGCGAGCCCACCGUCUGCUUCGCUUUCCCGGUGGUCAAGGUUCACCUUCUUGACAAUGCUCACAAGUUACUUGGCCUCACGGAAGAUGGCAUCAAGUUGCAGCACGGAAUUCUCGGGUUCCGUGCUUUCAGUCAUAUCACUGAGGCCUUUGGAGAAUUUGCCGAUGAGGUUGCGGAUGAAACACAAGAAAGUGUGGAUGGAGACGAAGGAAAUGUGGAAUCAGUUGCUGACCAGGAAGAGGUUGAGGACAACCAAGAUCAUGAAGCAACUGGCACCGUUGAUGGAAAUGAGAACAAUGAUGACAACGCCUCCGAAUCCUCAAACGACGAGGAAGAAGAGGACGAAGAAUACGAGGACGAAGACCCCGAAGCGCCCAGACUCAAGAACAUCGCUCUAGCUUACGCAGUCAUAUACUGGCUCGAUCAUGCUAGCCAAGCCACGGCCGAUAUUGCCGAAGCCCUUAGCUUGGAAGAUAAGUUCUGGGAGAGGGAGUCAAAGAUCCGACGUCGCUGGCUAACAGAGCUCAAUCGAAUGACGGCGGUUUUUGACUACUUCCAACGUGCUCAGCUCACAGGACUGCACGUUGCCGCUGCAAUUGGCUUUAGGAAUCUUGUCUCUGCACUAUUGGACAACGGCUACGCUGAAGACAUAAACACAUACGAUGAUCUCAAUAAUCAACCACUUCAUUUUGCUGCCUAUCUUGGAAAGUCCGAAAACGUCGAGGAGCUACUUAACAGAGGAGCCAAUAUCGACGCGGGACAGGAACGGGAUGCCUCCACUCCUCUGGGGAUGGCAGCAGAAGCAGGAGAUGCCAAGGUCAUGACGCAGCUUUUGCAAAGGGGGGCAGAUCCAAAUGCUACUAGCUCUGGGAAUGGAUCUGUGAUCUGCUUGGCUAUUAAGUCUGGAAACACCGAGGCCGUGAAGCUUUUGGUCGCUCACAAUGUCUCUCUAUUGAGUCCAGAGGAGGAAGACGACGGCUCUGGGGCUGGGGAAGAAGAUGACAAGGCGGGCGAAGAGGAUGAAGAUGAAGACGAAGAUGACGAUGAGGAAAGCGACGAUAAAGAUGACGAGGAAGACAUCAAGGCCCCUCUGGCUCUAGCGGCCAUGAGAGCUGACUUGUCAGUCUUCGAGUUUCUCAUAAGCGAGUAUUCUGAAAAGCUACCCGCCUCAGAGUUUGGAGUCGCACUUGUCGCAGCCGCGGAAUGGGGUCGAACAGAAGCAUUCACACGCCUAUUCAACGACUUUGAACAAUCCCAGGAGGACAUACAGAAGGCUCUGUAUGAAGCAACUAGAUCUAAGGAGGGUCACUGGGAUAUUGUUACAAUGAUACUUGAAAAGUGUCCUGGUUUGGACUGUGAUAAGGCCUUCCUAUUCACAGCACAGGGAGUUGAUGGCGAUGACGAGAUACGCAUCCUUGAGGCUAUGUGGGAAUAUACCGGAGGUGGCAUCUCUUCGGAGUCUCUAGAUGAGUCAUUAUACGAAGCGACGGAUGGCGAGAAUCAAAGGACUAUCGAACUUUUACUGCGAUAUGGAGCCAGUGCCAACGCAACUGGUGAAUUGUAUGGAAAUGCCCUGACAGCUGCAGCGUUCGACGGUACCAUCGAUAUUGUCAGGAUGCUUCUUGAUGCCGGAGCCGACAUCAACUCCGAUGACGGUUUUGCCCUCCAAACGGCUGCCGAGCAUAAUCAUAUCGAUGUGGUGAAACUCCUCUUGGAACGGGGAGCUGACAUCAACAGACUUUCAACUCACGAUGGCAUGGCUGCAGGAACGGCACUGCAAGCAGCAGUUGAGAAUGGCAACGAGGAAAUCGUCGACGUUUUACUUGAACACGGAGCUGAUCCCAACGCGGGAGGAGGCGACAACAAGUACCCCAUUAUCGGCGCAGCAAAGAAGAUGGAGAAUGGCAUUUUCAAGAAGCUCGUCCACGCCAAAGCCGACGUCAACGUUGUAGGUGGCUCAGACGACACGACUCCUCUGGUCGAAGCGGCCUAUUAUCUACCCAAAGAGUCUCUGGAGCUCGUUCUGGACUCUGGUGCGGACAUCAACCACAAAGACAUCUUUGGUAACACGGCACUGAUGUUGGCCGCUGUGAAAGGAGAUCACGAAUCGGUAGAGCUACUUCUCGAGCGCGGCGCAGACGUCUUGAUCCAGGACCAAGAUGGCGACAAUGCAUUACAUAAAGCCUACAAUUCAAACCACCACGAGACUAUCAUGGCAGUGAUUGGGCAUGUCUCCAAGUUGAUGAAUGCCAUGAGGGUUGCUGUGGAAUCUGGAGAUGCUGGUGUUGCUGCAGUGGUUCGAAUUGUGCAGAGCCAAGGACAAGAACUCAAUUAUGACGAUCCUCCAGCGGAGGUCAAAGAUGAGAGCAGACGAAGCUCUGUGUAUGGGGGACUCCCACCAGAUACACCGCUCGAAACAAACAAACCUACAGCAGCCAACUUCCAUGCUGAGAAGAUCGUCGUGGAAGAACCGCAAGUUGCUCCAGUCCAUGGUUUGGCUGCACAAGACCCUGUAAACAGGCCGUUCAUUCCUCCCUCUUUCGACUCCGUCCAAGACUUGUACAGUCCGGCCACAGGCAUCCUCGACUUUGCCCACGAACCACUGUUCAGACGCCAAUCUGAACUUGGUCCAAUUUCACCGACGCAGUCACCUGGGCCGAUCAAAAGGAAGCCAAUUACAGGCCCUCAGGCCAUGUACAAACCUUACCAGCCGGGAUCGGGAGACAACGUGCGGCAUUCAACUCCACCUGGAUCGUUAGCAAACGCCUUCCAAGCUUAUCAGCCAGGCCAGCAGCAGCAGCAGCAGACGCCACCGCCGCAUGAGGGACAACCUUACUUUUCACCGCCAGAGGCCUUUGCGGCACCAAGUCAGACUUCACCUGAACCUGCGUUUGUUCCUUACGCGCCAGGUGUUCCGGGACAAGCUAGACCAGAACCAGGUCGAAAGUCGUCGCGCACGUCGUUUAUGGGCAUGAAGGUUCCUUGGUCGGAACACCGGUUUAACUGA